AAAACUCAAACAUCCCAGAUAGCCCAGCCUUUCUUCUUCCCCUUCUUCUUCUUCUUCUUCUUCUUCUUCUUCUUCUUUCUUCGUCUUCCAAAGCAAACACCCAACACACCCCCCCCCCCCCACUGUCCUCGUGAACAAGGCGUUUGUCUAACGCCGUUAACUGCUUUUCCUUCAUUCCCGAAUUACCGGCGUCAAAAAACAAACGCAUAUGUUGCUGAAGAAACACAAACAGAACCCAUUUCCAAACACACCCUUAUCUCUUUCUUAAUUCUCGGGGCUCAAACUCCAUAAAUUGCUUACUUUACAUAACCAGGCCUAGUUUGAUAAAACAGCACAGAAACACUGACAAAAUCAUGUCCCGAGUCGUAGCAGAUAAUUACAUAUCUCCGGCAAGAGACGCGUCGUCGUAUUUCCACACCAUGGAGCUCAACGACUUGUCGUCGUCCGUUCCUUCCCCCGGAUUGUCUCCCACUUUAGGUCAGCUUCUCAAAUGCGUCGGAGAUGUUCGUAAGGAAGUCACCGGAGAUGGAAGCGAAACUCCGGUUCACCAAGUCGUCGAUCUCACCGACGCUACGAUUGAGCCGAGGUCGUUGCCGUUCGUGCUCUCUUUCAAUAAUCUCACUUACAGUGUGAAAGCUCCCCGGAAGAUGAACUUUUCUUCGUUGUUUUCCCGGAGUCAUAACCGGCUCGGAACGGCUUCGGUAGCUGAGCCGGUAGUCGGAGAGAACUUGUUCACUAGGACGAAGACUCUUCUCAACGAUAUCUCAGGCGAAGCUCGCGACGGCGAGAUAAUGGCGGUGAUGGGAGCGAGUGGUUCUGGAAAAUCGACUCUGAUCGACGCUUUGGCGAAUCGGAUAGCGAAGGGGAGUUUGAAAGGAACCAUGACUUUGAACGGCGAGGCUAUAGAAUCGCGGCUUCUGAAAGUGAUUUCGGCGUACGUAAUGCAAGACGACCUUCUCUUCCCGAUGCUCACAGUUGAAGAGACGCUCAUGUUCGCAGCGGAGUUUCGCCUCCCUCGAACGCUUUCCAAAUCCAAAAAGAAGAUGCGAGUUCAAGCACUAAUCGACCAGCUCGGUCUCCGAAACGCCUCGAAAACCGUAAUCGGGGACGAAGGCCACCGCGGAGUCUCAGGCGGAGAACGGCGGCGAGUCUCGAUCGGAAUCGACAUAAUCCACGACCCGAUCCUUUUAUUCCUCGACGAACCGACAUCGGGACUCGAUUCAACCAGCGCGUUCAUGGUGGUGAAGGUGUUGCAGAGAAUCGCUCAGAGUGGAAGCAUCGUGAUCAUGUCGAUUCACCAACCGAGCUAUCGAAUCCUAAGCUUGCUGGACCGCAUGAUCUUCCUCUCUCGAGGUCAAACCGUAUACAGCGGCUCUCCGACGAGUCUCCCUCUUUUCUUCACCGAGUUCGGCCAUCCAAUCCCGGAGAACGAGAAUCGAACCGAAUUCGCACUGGAUCUGAUUCGACAACUGGAAGGCUCACCUGGAGGAACGAAAAGCUUAGUGGAAUUCAACAAAUCAUGGCAAAGCAUGAAACACACAAACCGAAACAACUCCAACGAUUCAGUUGAUCGGCACGGAGAGAAACUCUCUCUCAAAGAAGCAAUCAGCGCGAGCAUAUCAAGAGGCAAAUUAGUUCCAGGCGCUACGAAUACCUGUGAUGUCAGCCCGACCUCCAUGGUUCCGACUUUUGCGAACCCAUUCUGGAUCGAAAUGGCGGUGCUCUUCAAGCGUUCGAUGAAAAACUCCAGAAGAAUGCCGGAGCUGUUCGGUAUUCGAUUAGCUGCGGUUUUGGUCACCGGUUUCAUCCUGGCGACCAUGUUUUGGAACCUGGAUGACUCUCCAAAAGGCGUUCAAGAACGGUUGGGAUUCUUCGCUUUCGCUAUGUCCACCACUUUCUACACCUGUGCUGAUGCUCUCCCAGUCUUCCUUCAAGAGCGUUACGUUUUCAUGAGAGAAACUGCUUACAAUGCCUAUCGUAGAUCUUCCUACGUCCUCUCUCACUCUCUCGCCGCUUUGCCUUCGCUUGUUUUCCUCUCUUUGGCUUUCUCAGCCACCACCUUUUGGGCCGUGGGCCUCGACGGUGGACUCUCCGGUUUCCUCUUCUAUUUCCUCAUCAUCUUCGCUUCUUUCUGGGCCGGAAGCUCCUUCGUCACUUUUCUCUCCGGUGUAGUUCCUCAUGUGAUGCUUGGAUACACAAUUGUCGUCGCCAUUUUGGCUUAUUUUCUGUUAUUCAGUGGGUUUUUCAUCAACAGGGAUCGAAUUCCGGGUUAUUGGAUUUGGUUCCACUAUCUUUCCCUCGUUAAGUAUCCGUACGAAGCGGUUUUGCAGAACGAGUUUGAUGAUCCGGUGAAGUGUUUCGUUAGGGGAAUUCAGAUUUUCGACAACUCGCCGCUGAAGGCCGUACCCACCGCCAUGAAAAUGAAGCUUCUGGAGAAUAUGAGCAACACGUUGGGGAUGAAGAUCACGAGCUCGACGUGCUUGACGACGGGUUCGGACAUUUUGCAACAAGAGGGUGUGACCGAUCUGAGCAAGUGGAAUUGCUUGUGGAUUACGGUGGCUUGGGGUUUCUUGUUUAGGAUUUUGUUCUACUUUUCUCUGUUGCUCGGAAGCAAGAACAAAAGGAGGUGAAAGCUUUCAAAACGAUGACGUAUCGAAGGGAGGGUGUGUUUGCUGUAAUGGUGUUGUUUGGCGGGAGGUUGUUUUGUUCUUUGUUGAAUUUUUUUGUUUUUUUGUUCUUUUUUUUUUUUUUUUUUAAUAUAAUCUGAAAGGUUGAUGAUGGUGAUGGUAUAAAAUUCCGGUGUAAAAUUGUUACAUAUACUCUUAAUUAGCAUGAAAUAAUCUUUCGCUUACUAAAAUUAUAAUUCUGUUUAUUAUUUUGUUUAAUCAAUAUUUUCUCGAAACAAAUUAUUUAUUUAUUGGGACA